AUGGGUUGGAUUUUAGUGUCAUACUUGAUCAUCUUCCAAUCUUUGCUUCUUCAUUUUUCUUCAUACAAUUGUUUGUCGUGCAAUCCUCAUGACAAAUCUGCCCUGUUGCAAUUCAAAAAUUCAGUUGCUGUUGUGGAGCUACCACCUUCGUUUGAUCCUUGUCACUCGUAUUCUCCAAAAACAGCAUCUUGGAACAAUGAAACAGAUUGUUGCGGGUGGGAUGGUGUCAUAUGUGACUCUGAGUUAGGUCAUGUGAUUGGCCUCGACCUUUCCUGCACUCCUCUUAAAGGUGAGCUACUUGGUCCCAAUAGUUCCAUUUUCAAGCUAAGCCACCUUCAACAUCUUAGCCUACUUUCUUAUGAUUUAGAUGGAUCUCCAAUACACUCUGCAAUUGGUGAUCUUGUCAGCCUCACAUAUUUAACUUUACAUUACCUUAGAAUUAGUGGUGAUGUUCCCUCCACAAUCUCUCACUUUUCAAAAUUAGAACAUCUUGAUCUCACUGUUGAAUCUCUUGAUUCCACACCGAGACUUGAUUCAUACACUUGGAACAAACUCAUUCACAACGCCACCAAUUUAAGGGAAAUUUCUUUAAGUGGAGUGAACAUGUCUUCUGUGGGAGAGAGCUCUUUGUCAUUGUUAACCAAUCUGUCGUCCUCUUUGCUUUCUCUCCGUUUCACGGAUACCAAACUCCAAGGGAAAUGGCCAACUGACAUCUUCCGUUUACCCAAUCUCCAAGAAAUACAUAUCUUAGUGAAUGAAAACCUGAGAGGUGAACUUCCAAACUCCAACUGGACUUCUCCACUAAAAACCUUGUUUAUUUCUCAAACUAAUUUCUCAGGAGACAUUCCUGAUUCCAUAGCCCACUUGAAGUCUCUUAACUCACUGUCUCUUUUUGAAUCCAAUUUUGACGGAUUUAUUCCACCAUCAUUGUUUGAUCUUACUCACCUUAUUUUCUUAUAUUUAUCAGAUAAUAAUUUAGUUGGCCCAAUUUCAACCCAAAUCAUCAAACUCUCUAAUUUAUUGAUCCUAGAUUUGAGUGGUAACAUGUUAAACGGAUCAGUUCCUCUUGGGUGUUAUUCUUUGCCUUCUUUAUUAAUCUUGGAUCUUAGUAACAAUCAACUCACAGGGUCAAUUGGUGAGUUCUCAACUAAUUCUUUGCAAUUUGUGAAACUUUCAAAUAAUAAACUGGAGGGCAAUUUUCCAAAUUUCUUAGCUCCACAUAUUCAAGUUUUAGAUAUGUCUCACAACAACUUGACUGGCCUUAUUCCAAAAUGCUUGGGAACAUUUAUUUUUCUUUGGGCGUUGGAUUUGCAAGACAACAACCUUUACGGAAGCAUACCUGAUAACUUUUCUGAAGGAAAUGCAUUUGAGACUAUAAAGUUAAAUGGAAAUCACUUGAAGGGACCGUUACCACGGACUUUGAAUCACUGUACAAAGCUUGAAGUUUUGAACCUUGGAAACAAUGACAUAGAGGAUACAUUUCCCUCUUGCCUCACAUAUUUAACUUUACAUUACCUUAGAAUUAAUGGUGAUGUUCCCUCCAAAAUCUCUCACUUAUCAAAAUUAAAAAAUCUUGAUCUCAAUGUAAAAUCUAAUGAAUCCAAACCGAGACUUGAUUCAUACACUUGGAACAAACUCAUUCACAAUGCCACCAAUUUAAGGGAAAUUUCUUUACGUGGAGUGAACAUGUCUUCUGUGGGAGAGAGCUCUUUGUCAUUGUUAACCAAUCUGUCGUCCUCUUUGCUUUCUCUCCGUUUCACGGAUACCAAACUCCAAGGGAAAUGGCCAACUGACAUCUUCCGUUUACCCAAUCUCCAAGAAAUACAUAUCUUAGUGAAUGAAAACCUGAGAGGUGAACUUCCAAACUCCAACUGGACUUCUCCACUAAAAACCUUGUUUAUUUCUCAAACUAAUUUCUCAGGAGACAUUCCUGAUUCCAUAGCCCACUUGAAGUCUCUUAACUCACUGUCUCUUUUUGAAUCCAAUUUUGACGGAUUUAUUCCACCAUCAUUGUUUGAUCUUACUCACCUUAUUUUCUUAUAUUUAUCAGAUAAUAAUUUAGUUGGCCCAAUUUCAACCCAAAUCAUCAAACUCUCUAAUUUAUUGAUCCUAGAUUUGAGUGGUAACAUGUUAAACGGAUCAGUUCCUCUUGGGUGUUAUUCUUUGCCUUCUUUAUUAAUCUUGGAUCUUAGUAACAAUCAACUCACAGGGUCAAUUGGUGAGUUCUCAACUAAUUCUUUGCAAUUUGUGAAACUUUCAAAUAAUAAACUGGAGGGCAAUUUUCCAAAUUUCUUAGCUCCACAUAUUCAAGUUUUAGAUAUAUCUCACAACAACUUGACUGGCCUUAUUCCAAAAUGCUUGGGAACAUUUAUUUUUCUUUGGGCGUUGGAUUUGCAAGACAACAACCUUUACGGAAGCAUACCUGAUAACUUUUCUGAAGGAAAUGCAUUUGAGACUAUAAAGUUAAAUGGAAAUCACUUGAAGGGACCGUUACCACGGACUUUGAAUCACUGUACAAAGCUUGAAGUUUUGAACCUUGGAAACAAUGACAUAGAGGAUACAUUUCCCUCUUGGUUAGAAACUUUGCCAACUUUACAGGUACUCGGUUUGCAGUCAAAUAAAUUUCAUGGUAACAUCACUUCUUUGGGCACCAAACAUUCAUUUCCCAGGUUGAGGAUUUUUGACAUCUCCAAUAACUACUUUAUCGGACCCUUGCCAACAUCAUAUAUCGUCAACUUUCAAGAAAUGAUGAAUGUGAAUCACAGCCAAACUGGUUCAACAUAUUUGGGCAACCGUCGUACAUAUAACGAUUCAAUAGUGGGAGUGAUGAAAGGGUUACAGAGGGAACUCACGAGGAUAUUUACUACUUGGGUAGUCAUUGAUUUAUCUAAUAAUAUGUUUGAAGGAGAAAUUCCAAAAGCCAUUGGAGAGCUGAAGUCUCUCAUAGGGCUUAACCUUUCACACAAUAAAAUCACUGGUACCAUUCCACUGUCAUUGAGUAAUUUAAGCAAUUUGGAAUGGUUGGACCUCUCAUGGAACCAAUUGAAGGGUGAGAUUCCCAUGACUCUUACAAAUUUGAAUUUUCUUUCUUUCUUGAACCUUUCACAAAAUCAAUUGGAGGGAGUGAUACCUACGGGUGGACAGUUUAACAUAUUUGAAAAUAUUUCCUAUGUUGGAAAUCCGAUGCUGUGUGGAUUCCCCUUGUCAAGAUCUUGCAAAGGAAAUAAAGAAAGGUCACAAGGUUCAACAUUUGAUGAAGUAGAAUCAGGAUUUGGGUGGAAAGCCGUUGUAAUCGGAUAUGCAUUUGGGACGAUCUUUGGAAUAAUAUUGGGUUAUAAUGUAUUCUUUGCUGGAAAACCUCAAUGGCUUGCAAGACUAGUUGAAGUUGUGUUUAAUGUGAGACUGCCCAAAACAAACAAUAAAAAGCGUGUUAUUCGUUUGGGAAGAAAAAAUUAG